GAAUGCAGUAAAAACAACAAAUGCAGAAGUUUGCAAAAAGAAGGGAAAGGGGAAGUUGUUUUGCAGCGUACCAAACACUCAGAGCGACAAAUACGUAAUCAUGCAGCGUGAAACAAACAUGAUCUAAGUAAUAUGUGCAGAUUUUUUCAUUGAACAAUGGUAUUUGAAUCGUUAGUUGUUGAUUUGUUAAACAAAUACCUGGGACAAUAUGUAGAAAACUUAGAUGCAUCCCAGCUAAAGAUUGGAAUAUGGGGAGGAAAUGUUGUUUUGGAUAAUCUGGAGUUAAAAGAUACUGCAUUGGAUGAUUUGGACCUACCUAUUAAGGUUGUUCAUGGGUUUCUAGGAAGGCUAACACUUUCUAUUCCAUGGAAGAAUCUAUACAAUGAAUCCACUGUUGUUGUCAUUCAAGAUCUCCAUGUUCUGGCAAGACCAAAUUUUGAUAUAAAAUACAAUGAAGAGAAAGAAGAAAAAGCCAAAUUAGAAAGAAAGAAACAACAAAUAUUAAAUAUCGAAGAAGCAAGAUUGAGAGAGGAGAAAAAGAAAAGCUCUAAAAAGGACAAAGAGGACGAAGAUGGUUUUGCAGAAAAACUUGCAACGAAUGUCAUUAAAAACCUUCAGAUCACAAUACAAAAUAUACAUGUGCGGUAUGAAGAUUCUGUUAGUAAUCCUGCCACACCAUUCUCCAUUGGUGUCACUUUGGAAAAUCUGUCUGCACAAACUACUGACAAAGACUUCCUUCCUCAAGUAAUCAAAGAAUCAGUAACUCUUAUUCAUAAGCUGGUACUCAUGGACAACCUUGCAUUGUACUGGAACCCUGAAGAGAAAUUAAAGCAACUGUCAAAGGAGGAAUGGCUGAGUGAAUCAAAGAGCCAGAUUGCAAGGAAGGAUAGCAAGCCAUCUGAUAUGAAAUAUAUUUUACAACCAAUCGUGGCUUCAAAAAGAUUGAAAAUCAAUACUAAGCCUGGAUCAAACUUGGAUAUACCUAAAAUUUUUUUGAGUUUGGUUCUGGAAGAACUUGGCAUUGUUUUGCUUCAAGCACAAUAUCAUGGACUAGUGCACCUACUAGAAUCUUUUGAACGUAUGAAUAGAAAUGUUCCAUUUAGAAAGUAUCGACCACAUGUCUCUCUUAAAGGGAAUGCAAAGAUUUGGUGGAAAUAUUGUAUGGACAGUGUUCUUAUAGAAGAUAUACAGAGAAGAUCAGAAAUGUGGAAAUGGGAGAACAUACAACAACAUAGAACAUUGUGCAAAGGUUAUCAGAAAAGAUAUAAAGAGAAGAUUUCUACAAAGAGUCCAUCUAAGACGCUACUUGCUGAGUUGGAGAACAUGGAAAAUCAACUGAAUGUUGUCAGCAUCACAAUAUUUCGGUCAUUGGCAGAAAAUGAGGUUAUUAGAGAGAGAAAGUUGAAGCAGGAAGCAAAAUCUGGUGGAUUUUUUGGAUUCUUCUCUUCCAAAAAGAAAGAUGAAAAAGUGAAAACUACCAGUAAAAUUGAAGAAAUGAUGGGUGCUGAUAAAGAUACCGAGAUGCAGAAGUUGUAUAGUGCUAUUGGAUAUAGUGAAAAUGAAGUUAUAACUCCUUUCCCUGCUGAUUAUGUGGCUAACGUUUUUCAAUUCAAAUUGCAAAGAAUAUCUAUCACUGUCAGAAGCGAAUCAUCAACAAAGCCUACCAUUGACGUUGUUCGUUUUACUCUUGAUAGUAUUACUGCAGAUUUAUUUCAAAGACCUUCAGCAAACGCUUUGAAGGCAUGUGUAAAGAUAGGGAAAAUGAAAUUAUAUGGUACUCCAAAUGAUCAAGAAGUUCCAUUAAUGAUUCGCAAUGCAAAUGAAGGAACAGGUGACAAUGCUCUUCCAUUGGUCGAUUUUGUCUUUGAAACAAAUCCAUUGAACAAAGAAGAUAUUGAUCAGUGCAUAAAUGCCGUUUGCCAGCCAUUAGAAAUUAUAUAUGAUGCUAACACAGUCAAUGAUGUCAUUGCAUUCUUUGAACCUCCUGAAGAUGUUCUGUUGAAGGAUCUUCAAGAAAAAGCCUACUCCACGUUUGAAGACUUCAAAGUUUCAAGCACAGCUGGCUUGUUACAUGCUAUUGACAAACGAAAUAUUUUAGAUGUGGAUAUCAAAAUUAAUUCAUCGUACUUGAUUAUUCCAGAUAAAGGUGUAUUAGCACAAUGCACAGACAGAAUUGUGGUUGAUUUUGGAAGCUUUCAUAUCCAAAGCGAUCCUAAUCAAAUUCGAGUUGUUAAUCCCAAAGAAAUUGAUGACAUAAAUGAAGUUCAGGAAAAAGCAUAUGACCGCUUUCUUUUGAGAUUGACAGAUCUUCAAAUCCUGCUUUGCAGGGAAGGUGAAGAUUUACAUAGUGCGAGAUCCAAACCACAGUCUAAAUUUCAAGUUCUGUAUCCUGUUGCGUUUACUGGAAAUCUUGCUAAAGCCAUACUUCCACAAGAUCCACGGCUGAAGCAAAUUUGCGUCCAGGGCGAACUUUCAAGUUUAGAAUUGACUGUAUCUGAUGAUAAACUGAGCAGAGCUGUUUUGUUAUUUGAUAGUUUACCACUUCCGAAGCCAUCAAAAACUGUGAUGCUUGGUGAUGAACCAGAUACAACUUUGACGCAGCCUAUUUCAAAGAUUGGACAAUCAGAUGAGGAGUAUGCUAUUUCCAUACCAGUUCCUAACAUGACGAGUAUUUCUGAUGAAUCUUUUCACACACCACCAGAUGAAGGCAUACUUUCUCUGGAACCCAGUGAUGGACCUGAUUUUGCAUCUGGUGUGGCAAAUCAAGUAAAAAUCGAGCUAAAAUUUGAAAUUAAGAAAGUAAAAUUGGCUAUAGCAUUGACUGAUAAGGAUCAAAACAAUGAAAAAGACUGUGUUGAAAUCAUUAUUGAAAAUAUUGGCACUGAAGUUAGGAUGCGAAGGUGGGAUAUGUUUGUUGAUGCUAAUAUUGGUCGGUUUGUGUUACGAGAGAUGACAUAUGGAUUGGAAGGGGAACCUUUAGAUAUUUUAAGCACGCCCAAAGAUGGAAACAUGUUACAGGUUUCUUAUCGAAAGUGUGAAUUUGAUGAGUCACUAAACUUGGGUCUAGGCUAUUUUUAUUCAGCUGAAGCGCAAAUACGAGCACUUCACUUUAAAGAUGAAUUCCAAUCUACAGAACAGUUAAUCGAAAUACAAGUUGCAAUGUUGUAUGUUAUUCUCCACCAAGAAGCGCUUUUAAGUAUGAUGGCAUUAAUAUAUCAGGUGCUUGAACCAUUAAAUAAAAGAAAUGAGACACCAGUCAAAGCCAUCAAAAGACGUGUAUCAGUGGCUGGCAGCCAGUUGAGUCUUGCCAUGGCAGAGAAGGAAGAAAAAAAGAAGAUGGUUGAUUUAAAAGUGCAUAAAGCUGCUCAGGAAUUAAAAGAAAAAAUUGGGGUUCACGAGGAGAGAAAAUUAAAGGUUGAUGCUCAGAUGGAUGGAUUGCGUGUUUUUAUUUGCUCAUCACAUGGCGAUCUUGCUGAGGCCCAUGUAAAAGGAGUCGCAGCCAAUGUUAUUAUGCAGGAUGAGAAAAUGGAGGUAAAAGCACACAUGACGGACCUUCAAGUUACAGAUAAUGCUGAAAAUUCUAAAUUUACAAAGAUUAUUUCCAUGCAAAGUGAACAGGUGUUUGAUCUUCAGAUUGCAAUGUUUGAAAAUGGCAGCAAGGGUUCGAAUGCGUUGAAUAUAUCAUCAGUUGAUACUAUUGUGAAGCUGGACAUAGGACAAAUGAGAGCUGUUUUUCUAAAUCGAUUUGUUUCUGAUAUCCUUGCUUUUCUUGAUCACUUUGAGGAUGCACAAAAAGCAAUUCUCGAAGCUGGAAAAGCUGCUAGGGAUAAAGCAACAGCUGCGGUAACAGAAUAUAGUAAACACAGUUCUCGUCAUCAGCUCAAUGUUACUGUUCGUGCACCAAUGGUAGUGAUACCAGUGCAUUCUAAUUCUGAUUUAGCGUUAUUGAUAGAUUUGGGUGAACUACAUGUAUUCAACAAUUUCAAAAUCUUUAAUAAGAAUGAUGGUCCUAAAAACAUCGUUAUUACCGACAAUAUUACUGUCAAACUUUCCGACCUUAAACUUAUGAAGGCAUUGAUUAAAGAAGGAAAAGAUAUAAAGGCACGGAAGGAGCUAAUCAAACCAAUGACAUUAAAGUUGAGUGUGAUUCGCAAUUUGACUCCGGAUAAUCAUGCGGUGCCUGAUGUAAGUGUGGAGGGGAUUUUAAAGACAAUUACGUUAGCUCUAAGUGAGGAAGAUUUGAGUGUUGCUUUAAAAGUUUUGCAAGGAAACAUCGCAGAAGGUAAAAGACGAAGCACACCAAAAACACGUAAACUGAAAAAUGAUCAAGAUAACCAUACUCAAGAUCUGCUUGCUGUUCCCACGGUAAACAGUGACCGGCUAGCAAGCAUCCAUGAAGAAGAAGAAACUGGAAACCUUGUGUAUGAAAAUGUGCGUUUCAAAUUUGAAUUGGAGAAAAUACUGUUACAGGUGUAUUUAAGACCAUCAGAUUUGACAUUCGAAGAGGAGUUCUUAGAAAGAGAUCUUGACUUCCUUUUGAGUCAAUUCAUCGUUGGACACCUUGAUGUUGCUGGCACUAUUAUGUCUGAUAGUGAUAUAGAUGUCAAUAUUUCACUGGAUACUCUCAUGUUAGAUGACAUGCGACCAGGAAGUAAGGACACUUUGACACGGAUGAUUGAUAAUUGUCCAGAAUCUUUGAUUGACAUUUUAGAGAAACAACAAGAUAUGUCUUCUGCAAAAAUGAUUGAGGUACAAUUUAAGCAGUCAUCAAAGUUGGACAAGAAUAUUGAAGUUAAACUGUGCAACCUUCUUUGUAUACUCAAUGUCGAGUUUCUCAUGGUAUUGAUGCGGACAUUAUUAGCUGCAGUGCCAAAAGAAGACAGGGAAGGAGUUGAUAUUUUAUCUGAUUCUGGAUCUCCCACACACAGUAUAGCAUCCAGUGAUGAGGAUACCGAUGUUUCAACCUCUUAUAUUGACCAAAACGACGAUGGAGUUGCAUUGCUACCAGAAACACGGUUGCAACUGAACGUAACAAAUCCUCAAAUUGUACUUCUGGCUGACGCAAAGGAUGUGAAAACCAACGCUUUGUUUUUGACUACAGAAGUUAAUUUCCAAUACCUUGAGGUAAGUAAUGUGCAAAAAAUGAUGGGUACCGUGAUGAACACUGCCAUGUUGUCAACAGCUUUUAAGAAGCAACACCGCACAGAUAUAUCAACAGUGUUGUCACUGGCGAUGGUGAAUUUACAUAGCUCGGCACCGAUAGGAGGAAAACCACAUAUGCAUGUUAACAUGUCACUUGUAAAGCUGAAUAUCUCCCCAAAGACAAUCAGGACCGUUUCAGCUUGUGUCAGUCAAACUGCGGCCCCGCCUGAUGAAGAAAGUUUAAGAGAAGCUCAAAAAGCAAUGGGCCAGCUAUGGGAACUGACUAAUAUUGUGGAUAAAAAGUUGUGGUAUUUGGAUACACCAGCACAACAUGUGUUGAGUGCAGGAAGUUUUGUACUUGCUCGAACAGAAGUUGGUGAUUAUCAAAAUGGUUUUCUAGCCAAGAAAGAUACCCAUUUUACAGUGUAUUUUUAUCCAAAUGGUUCAAUAAGUCAUUCUGUGUCCGAUGUCACGUCAGUUGUUGUUGAUGUUGCACCACACAAAAAGGAGUUAACUGUGGGAGCUAAUGUUGUGGCUCUGCGUUCACCAGAACAUUACAGAGUUGGACGUAUAAUGGAGAUUUGGAAUAAUGCUGGUUCUUCUGAACAAGCUGAAGUUGCAAAGGAAGCUGGUGCAUCAGAUGAGGAUUGGGAACUAACAAAACACGAAGAUUUAUUUGAUAAGUAUCUCAUUAAGUUUUACCAUGACAAUUUUGAGCUUUAUUUAGUUAGCGAAGAGCUGCGUCUGCUUCCAAGGCCGAAAAAGGGUAUCAUACCAGGGCUAGGAGCAUGUGUAUAUGCACGAUACCGAGAUGGUUUUUACUAUAAAGGAAUUGUUGAAGCAAUUCUUGGAUUUAAAACUCGAAUUCAUUUGGUGGAAAUAGAUGAUGAAGUGAACCAUGACAUGGAUGACCCGUCUGCUGUCAUACUAAAUAUGACUCCAAGGCAAAGUCAAAUAAAGAAAUAUUUUAAAGUCAUUGCAUGCAAAAUGGAAGGUACUAAAGGUUACCACCCUGGCAAAGUUGCUGCAAUCCAGGGAAACCCGGGCUAUAGAAGUUAUACCAUUAAGUUUGAAGAUGGUUCCACAAACCAAGUACCUGUAACAAAGUUGCUACUGAUGCCUAAAGCUCCUUAUGAUGCUUUACCAGAGAUUGGUACAUAUGUUUAUUCGCGUGUGGCGCGAGAUUCUCCGAUGUAUGAGAAGGGUAUAGUACAUAAUAAAGAAGACCGUAUCUAUGUUAACCAUUUAAAUGGCAACAAGUUCUCCCAAGAUCCAAAAAAUAUUGGCUUUGUGAUUCGUAACAUUGUUCCUUUAACAUCCUCGCUGAGAGUUGGUCAAGAAGUAAUUGCUCAAGUAGAUUCAAAUGAUCGAAAAAUGUUUAUGGGCGUUAUCAGAGAGGUGAUACAAGGUCCAAAAUUAAAGAAAUACUUGGUGGAAUUUACUGACGGUUCUAAAAAGAAAUUAACACCUGGUCGAAUUCGCAUCAUUCCGACGUAUGGCACCACUGAAGAGGAGACAAUCGAAUCGCAGACCAAUCUUAUGCGAAGAGAACAACUUGUUGUUGAAGUGGAGGGCGUGUCCCUGCGUAUCGAAGGUUAUCUUGGUGGCCAAUUGGAACCAAUGCUUCGUUUUGAUUCGAAAUUAACCGCAGAGGUGUAUGAUUGGUCCAAAAAAUUGAGCGCGACUGCUUUCACUUCUUUGCAAGCAAGUUAUUAUAACGAUUUUGUUGCAGAAUGGGAACCGCUCAUUGAACCAAUCAUUGAAAAUAACCGCGACCGACCAUGGCUGUUGAAUAUUAAUUAUGUCACUGAGGAUGAUGACGUUCAAGCAGGAGAUAGCUCAGCUAAUGACGUCACUUUACUGCAAAAACCAAUGACGUCAUUGAAGUUACAAUCAAAUGACAAUCUGGAAGUCACAAUUACAAAGUCAGGGCUUUCUUUACUUCAAGAUCUUGGGAAGGCGUUUGGUGAAGCAGUGGAACAAACUGCAGAUGUUGGUCAGGUUCUAGUUAUUGAGAAGGAUCCAUUUAUUCUGCAUAACAAGGUUGGGAAAAGAGUAACAGUCGUGAUGAAUGAUUUAAUUCAGGGAAAAGACGGUGGAAAGAUUUUAACGUUGGAACCGUCUUCCCAAGUUGGUCUUAAAUAUACAGAACGCGACAUGAGCAUCAGAAGAUCUGGUCAAAGUAAAUUACCCACUUUGUCAAUUACGGUUGAUGGCUUCAUGGAAAUAAAAAAUGUCGCUGUUAAACGUCAGAAGACAAUCAUAUAUGACUUGAUAUCGACAAAUAUCUUGGGAAGUAGCGCAUCAUAUUCUCUGAUCAUCCAAGUGACUGCAACAGAUGGGCAGCGUGUUAUAACACUUCGCUCGCCGCUACAGAUUCGAAAUCACUUCCCUAUGCCGCUAGAUGUUUCAUAUUUGAACAAGGAGAAUAGAUCAGUGAAGCUAACUUCAAUUGAUGCUGGUAGAAUCUAUUCAAUUCCUCUUGUUUUGGCAUACCACAGUAGUUUCUACAUCAAGCCAGCAGGAUUUGGAUAUAAUGUGUCAACUGAGGCAAUCAGCUGGAGUGAUUUAUUGGAAGAAAGACAAAAACAAUAUAUCUGCACGAACCCAGUGGAAGACUCUGAUGAUUUCUACGUGCAGGUAAUUGUUGAAAAUGACGUUUACUCGUCCAUUCAUGGAAUGUUGGAAUCUGUUCCACGCUACACACUUCAUUGUUAUCCGCCCAUCGUGCUGCACAAUUACCUACCGUACCCUAUCUUCUAUCGUGCGAAGGGUAUGUCUGCCAAUGAAAAGCUUGAAGGUGGAAGUCAUUGGCCUUUGUUUACUAUAAAUGUGGAAGAGAAACCUGUUGUUGAUAUAGAGGUUGAAUAUCUUGGCACCCGCUGGUGCGGUAGCAUAAUUGUGUCUGAAUGUAAAAAGAACAACUCAAAAACUGCCCGCUUCUCACUAUUUGCUGAUGGUGACAAAAGAAUUGAGCUGGGUGUUUAUUACUUACAAGAAGGUUCGUUGCAUGCUACAUUGUACUGCCCUUACUGGAUGUUAAAUAAAACUGGUAAAUCUCUUAUUUACGAAGCAAUCGGAGAACCAUCCACUUAUGAGCAUGCAGACACAAAUGAAGGAGCGGUCAUGUUUUUCGUACGAGGAAAGAAGAAAAAAGCGCGCAUUUGUGUAAGUGGCUGUGAUUGGUCAAACCCAUUUUCGUUGGAUACAAUUGGUAGCGGCGGUUCUUUAAAAUCAGAAGGGCUCCGCGGAAGGCUGUAUGAGAUCGGUGUUGGUAUCAGUUUAUCGUACUUCGGUUUGACAAAAAUUGUAACCUUUACACCGUUGCGAAUUCUAUCCAAUCACACGAAGUUCACAAUAAGCAUGGCAGAAGGAGAAUCAGAAACUGCAGAAUGGCAUACAGUGAAGCCUGACGAGAGUGUUCCGUAUUGGCCGACUCGCUCGCCUCCGACGAACCUAUACCUAAACAUCAAUGGGAUAAAUUCAGUUGAAUUUAAUCUUGAGGCUGGCAAGACAUUGCUACUAAAGUUUCAAAAUGAGAUUGGAGGUGUUUGUUUGAAUUAUCAAGAAAAGGACUGGACAUCGUUGCUUUCGUUCACUGAAUACUUCUCUGGUGCUGCGCCUGUGCGUAUUGAGAACAUGUGCAAGAAAGUCAGCAUGAUCAGUUAUAAACAGGUAGAUCAUUUCAAAGGUUAUGUAUUAUUGUAUGGACAAUCCACGUUGUAUACAUGGGACAAUCCAAUGAAGCCUCACGAACUAAUUUGCUCUCUGAUUGAAGUAAAUGAAUCGCAGACCAAGAUAAAGCUGGACACGAAUGACUUUGGUCGUAUGAAAACUGGAGAGAAUGCGAUCUACUGGGUUUCAUUUUUGGACGGACUGCAACGAGUGCUAUUGUUCACAGACAAUUUUAAAGCAGCUUAUUGUGCAAGCCAGGAACAAACAUUACGCCCUACGCAGGAGAUAGAUCUGAAUAUUGAAGGUCUUGGUCUGUCUUUGGUCAAUGGUGAGAAAAGGAUGGAGAUUGCGUACCUGGCUAUAGAAAAAAGCCCGAUUGUGUGGGAACAACACAAAAAAAAUCGCUGGAAAACACUGCCAGGGCGCAUGUGCGAAGCACUGGAAGAGGGUUACACGCGAAUGCAAGCGAAAAAAUCGAAUGUUGCUUCGAAAGAAAAAAUCCUCGAGAUGGAGGUUGAUUUCGACAAGAUGUUUAUCACGAAGCCUGAGAAGAUUCAAAUUCGAAGAACAUUCCACAGCGGAAUUGGAUUCAAAUAUAUUAUCUCUCCCAAUCGAAUGCAGAUCAGUGCUACUAUAAGCUCUCUACAGUUUGACAGCCACAUUCCAGGUUCAACUUUCUCAACAGUCAUCCAUCAGGUGGAACCACCAAAGUCAAUAACCAAUGACAACGCUCCGAAACCGUUUUUCGAACUGAGUUUGACCACAAAUGUUGGAGACACAAACACUGUCAACGAGAUCAGUUAUUUGAAAGUAUUGGUGCAAGAACUGGAUAUUCGUGUUGACAAAGGUUUUCUGCUCGCUUUGAUGGAUUUAUUUAACAAUGAGAAAAUUCGUGGAACAGAGAGUGAUCAGCACAAAUUUGAUAUGUCAGUUGUUCAACGAAAGUUAGAAGAAAGCCAAGAAUUCCAGGCGGCUAAACAAGACAAACGUUACGUGUUCAACUAUUUCCAUCUCUCGCCAUUGAAGAUUCACGUGAGUUUCUCAAUGACAGGUGGACAUUCUCUUGAAGGGGAGGAGACGAGUUCGUCAAUGCAUGGAAAUGUUUUGGGCUUACUUUUACAAAGUGUUGGAGUUGCAUUCACUGAGAUUCAAGAUGUCGAAUUUAAACUUGCGUGUUACGAGAUUGCGGCUCUCCUUCUCAGUACCUCACAGUUAACUGACAGCAUUGCAAAACACUAUCAAAAUCAGGCCAUUAAACAAUUGUACGUGCUAGUUUUGGGAUUAGACGUACUUGGAAAUCCGUAUGGCUUAAUAACUGGUGUUGGAGCUGGAGCGAAAAAUUUCUUUUACGAACCGUACCAGGGUUUAAUUCAAGGUCCUGAAGAAUUUGCAGAAGGGUUAGCUUAUGGCGUAAAAAGUCUAGUUGGUGGGACAGUCGGUGGGGUAUCUGGAGCAGUAUCAAAAAUCACAGGCACUGUGGGGAAGGGCUUAGCUGCGUUGACUAUGGAUGAUGAAUACCAACAAAAACGAAGACAAGCGAUGAGUCAACGUCCUACAAAUCUCGGAGAAGGUCUCGCUAAGGGAGGCAAGGGAUUGGUGAAGGGUAUUGUUUCUGGUGUAACAGGUGUCGUAACGAAACCUAUUGAAGGUGCAAAAUCAGGAGGAGCUGGCGGAUUUUUCAAAGGUAUAGGAAAAGGUCUGAUAGGUGUGGUUGCUCGACCAGCUGGCGGUGUUGUCGAUAUGGCGAGUAGUACGUUUGAAGGACUUAGAAGCACAACAAGUGGAGUGAAGUCUAUACAUCAGUUGAGAAUGACACGUGUAUUCCAUGCAGAUAAGGUUCUUCGACCUUUUAAUGAAUACGAAGCUGAUGGAAAUAAGAUCUUGAUGGAAGCAGACAAGGGGCGUUAUGCAAAAACUGAUUUUUAUCUCACCCAUGUGUAUCCUGUCGAAUCGAAGAAUUAUCUGAUCUUGUCCAAUAAACAUAUUUUCUACAUGACACGAAAUGAGAUAUUGAACGAAUGGACAAGCAGUUGGUGUAUUGGUUUCAAUGAGAUCAAGGGACUCCCUGUGGUGCGGGACACGAGGAUCACUUUUAAUCUUCACGCCAUGGACACAAGAAAAUCAAUUUUCAAGAAAGCGCAUAAUGUGAGAACGCUGUUGUUACCAACAGAAGCCACUGCAAAGUGGUUUCUUGGAAAAUUCGAGGAUGCUAAGAUGCUGUGAAGAAGCCUGUGAUCUUUUUACAUUUAGUUUAUUUUCAAUUUUUUUUGUUUUUUAACUAAAGACAAAAUAAGGUAUAAAGAGCCUGCCAUCAUAAUGUAUUUUUAUAAAGAAAUUAUGUGGCACAACAAGAGAGAGGCGAUAGUUUUGUAAAUAAAAAAGGAGAGGCGAACAAAAAACUUUUUGUGGCAGCCUCAAAAUAAAUUUUAGGCGAGGUAGCAAAAAUUAGGAAACGUCUAAAUCCUAAGAUCUACUAAAAUAACUACUAUAACGACACACAAAUAACUGUUUUAUAAAUAAAUAUGCAUAUUCCUUCCAAGCAACAUUUUUACAAAGUUUUUAUGGCUGUGUGGGUAAAAAAGAGGCAAGUUUGAGAUGCACUUACCAAUAAAUAUUAAAAAUAAGAUCUUUAACCCAAGAUAACCAAGAAUAUUUUACAUACAGUCGUAGUGCCAGCAUUUUAUAACCUUCGUUAAAACUUCUUGAAACUAUAAACAUCUGUCACAGCCAACAAUAAUAAUUUUCUUUUCGUAAUUUGGUUCGCUUUUUCACAACAUACAUCCUACUUCGAACGAUGAAAUUUGUUGUGAUGAGAUGGCGCCAAAUUUGAUAAAUACACAGAGCGGAAACUUUCAACAAAUCGAACGCGCAAUAUGGCGGUUUCAGCUUUGUUUACAAAUCUUUAUUUUCUUUAUCUUUACUCGUGAAUUAGUUUACUAAGUUCAGUAUUAAAAAUAAAAAUGUUUUUUCGUGUUAUUCAACUAAUGUUCGCCUGUCCUUUAAAACGUGCAAUAUAUUUUGUCCACAACGUAUUUUUUUAAGAAAUGCAUCGAAAGUACACCGUUUUUUAUAAGAAUACUGCACCAGAAGAAAGCCUUCAAUGUU